GACUGCCGUUUCCCUCCAUGGUAUCUCCUCUCCGCGAGUAACUUGGCGUUUGGCUCAGUUCAUUUUAGUUCCCAUUUUCUCCCUCCAUUCGGGCAUCUCUCUGCUUUUUGGAUUGAUUUUUUUUUUUAAAAAUCCACCAAAAUCCAAGAGGGGAAAAAAACUUUUAAAGGGGAAGAUGGACAUGAAAAAGAGGAUUCAGUUGGAGCUCAGAAACAGGCCACCGUCUGAUGUACGAGAACUAGUUCUGGACAACUGCAGGUCCAACGAAGGGAAAAUCGAAGGCCUCACUGCAGAAUUUGUGAAUCUUGAGUUUCUCAGCUUGAUAAAUGUUGGCUUGAUGUCGGUUUCCAACCUUCCCAAGCUUGGAAAAUUGAAAAAAUUGGAGCUCAGCGAUAACAGAAUUUCCGGUGGCCUUGAUGUUUUGGCAGAAAAGCUCCCGAACCUCACGCAUCUAAACCUGAGCGGGAACAAGCUGAAGGACAUCAGCACGCUGGAACCCUUGAAAAAGCUGGACAACCUGAAGAGUCUGGACCUUUUCAACUGCGAAGUGACAAAUCUGAACGACUACCGGGAGAGCGUGUUCAAGCUUCUGCCUCGGCUAACUUACCUGGACGGCUACGACAUGGAGGACCGGGAGGCGUCUGAUUCGGAAGGGGAGGCGGACGGUGUCGACGAUGACGACGACGAAGGGGAGGAGGAAGAUGAAGAUGGAGAGGAAGAAGAUUUUGAUGAAGAUGAUGAUGACGAUGAUGAGGAAGUAGAAGGCGAGGGGGAGGAUGAAGAUGUGAGUGGAGAGGAUGAGGAGGAAGACUUUGGGCCCGACGGAGGGGUUGAUGAUGACGACGAUGACGACGAUGAUGAUGAGGACGAAGAAGAGGAGAGUGGGAAGGGCGAAAAGCGAAAGCGUGAAGUGGAAGACGAAGACGAUGAUGAUGACGACGAUGAGGAGGAUUAAAAAGCCAGCGAACGUCCAGUUAUCCCCCAUCCCCCGUUCCCCACCAUCCUCAGGCCUCUGUCCCGCUGUAGAAGUGGACUGGAGUCGGGUGCGUUUCGGCUGUGCGGGCGUGGCAUUUCCACACGCUCGCACUCAAAUCCUCUGUGUACAUCCGUGUCAGGACUUUGGGGACUGGUAUCUAGUUUGGGAUCUCUGCUUUUAAUAUUCUGUUGGAGGAUUCUUUUCUUUUUAUUUCGUUUGUUUUUUGUUUACCCCCCCCUCACCCAUUAAGAUUAUUGCUAUAGCAACAAAGGGCAGUGGGUGAGCCAUGGUUCUUCUCCCCUCUCCCCCAUGGCCUCCUGUUGCACAAAUCAAGGUUGUAGCUACACUUUUUACUUUCUGUAAGUCGACAAACCUUUGUAAAUAAAAUCUUAACAUUUUG